AUGAUCAAGCGUUUCGCCGUCCUUCUAUUGGUGGUGCUGGUCGCUAUGCUGAGCGUCGCCCACGCCGAUGAUGUCCCUGCAGCUCCGGCCACGGAGGAUGCCCCCACGGAGCAACUGCCGCCUGGAGUGACGCUUCUCGGUGACAAGGAGCCUGUGGCGUCGACCAAGGAGCAAUUGGAGCAGUUUAUGGGUGGAGGCGGCUUCAUCCCAACGGGUGGAAUCACGUACCGCUGGCGCUACUCGUUCCCGCACUUUGGUCGAUUCCGCUACGGCUGGCGCUACCCGCUCGGCUAUUGGAACCGUUGGGGCCGCUCCAUCUACGGCGGGAGCUGCCUGUUUGGACGCCCGUUUGGCGGAUUCUACUACUGCUAA